GUGUGCAUGUGGGUGUCUAGUUGAAUACUGGUCUAAUAAACCAUCCAUCUGCAGGGAGAGAAGAACAGUGCACGGAAGAAGGGGUGGGGGGUACAGCACUCUUUAUGCUCCAUAUUUACACCUCUUUGAAAUGCACAGACGGACAGAUACUCAGUCCUGCCCAGAGGUUCUUUGAUGCUCGUCGAUACUGCUGCGUGAUGAUGUCAUACGACAGAGAGCUAGGGAGGGAGGCAUCAUCAAAGGAAACGGGGAGGGAUGAAUGAAGACGCAGGAGAGCAUAUCCAAGACAACAACGGGACAAAGAUGGCGACAGCUUCUAAUAUGGGACGUCCACUAGCAUCCAGACCGCCGACUCAUCGGGAGGAACCCGGGUGGUGCAGCAUCUGUAUUUAUCUGCUUUUUUCUUCCAGGAUGGCCACCAUCCUCUCAUACCAGAACCGCCAAGCCAACCAUCAUCGCCAGGCUAGCACGGAUGAGAAUGAAGUGGAAAACGUGUCCAGUCAGAUGGACAGGUGGACAAAGACAUGGACAAACAUGUGGAUCUCACCUGAGCCACCGGACCCUGUCCUCUGUAUGUGACGGCAAGUUUCAUCCCCCUGACUGACAGCUCUGUGCACUGACAGGAUGCUCAGGUGGAGGCGGCACAUUUUCUCUCACACGGACUCUUUAAUUUGAACACCUGUUCCGAGGGAGAAUUGCUUGUCAUCAGAGCCAUUGCUAAAGGGGAAUAUCUGACCUCUGCUUUGGGCCAUCAGAGACAUGAGUGUAGCCAGAGAAUUACAUGGGAUUGGGUACCGGGGUGGGGGUGGUAUUGUUGCCUCCCUCAGCGGCCCCACGCACUUUACAGAGGAUGCGCCGCGACCCCCAGUUCCUGGUGAAGAGGGAUCUGAUGUGGAUCCCCCAGCCAACACCCGUCCAAGCACCCUUUCCCAGCCCCUAUGCUAUCCCCAGUCAUCCUCAACAUCGAAAGUGGUGGAUCCAUCAAGUUACACACCCUCAUCAUCGUCUGCAACCCCACGUCGCCCUGAUCUGGAUUUAGGAUAUGAACCUGAGGGCUCAGCUUCACCGACACCACCUUAUCUAAAGUGGGCGGAGUCACUUCACUCACUCCUGGAUGACCAGGAAGGUAUCCACCUGUUCCGGAAUUUCCUCCACCAGGAAGGCUGUGCUGACCUCCUCGACUUCUGGUUUGCCUGUUCGGGGUUUAGGAAGAGCAGCCAAGAGAAGAGGGCGAAGCUGGCCAAGGCCAUUUAUAGGAAGUACAUUGUGGAUGGAAGUGGGAUAGUGUCCAAGCAAAUCAAACCAGCCACCAAGAGCUUCAUUAGAGACUGUGUUGGAAGGCCACAUCCAGACCCUGCCAUGUUUGAACAGGCCCAGACAGAGAUUCAGACCACCAUGGAGGAGAACACCUACCCUUUAUUCCUGAAGUCAGAUCUAUACCUGGAGUACACACAGACAGGAGGAGAGAGUCCCAAGCCUAACCCCAGCGAUCAGAGCCCUUCAUCGUGUCCAGCCAAGUCUGUGCCUGGUUUAUUGCCCACUCUUGCGGAGGAUGAAGAGUGGAGGUGUGGUGGAGGAGGAGGAACGAGGGAAGUGGAAGAGAAAAUUGAGGAGGAGUGUGGAGACACGGCAGCUGGUCGGCUGACUCACAGCCUGCUGAUGCAGACGGCGCAGCAGAGAGCCUCAGCCGGCAGGAGGAGGCAGGACAGCAGGGAGUACAGACCCUGGAGAGAACCAGUAAACCCUUACUAUGCGAACAUGGGCUAUGCUCGAGCUCCAGCAACAAGUGCCAAUGACAGUGAACAGCAAAGCAUGUCGAGCGACGCAGAUACACUAUCAUUGACCGACAGCAGUGUAGAUGGUAUUCCUCCGUACAGAUAUUGGAAGCAGCAUCGUAAAGAGAUGCAUGAAAGUGCCAAAGCCAAUGGACGUGUGCCCCUACCUCAUAUACCUCGCACGUACCGCUUGCCAAAGGACAUACAUGUAGAGCCCGAGAGGUUUGCUGCUGAGCUCAUCAGCAGGCUGGAGACUGUUCUCAAGGACAGAGAGGCUCAGGAGAGACUAGAAGAGAGGCUGAAAAGAGUACGACUGGAAGAAGAGGGGGAUGAUGCUGACAUCUCCAUGACAACCUCAAUGUCUUCUCAUAGCAUACCACUCCCCCUCCCCUCGUCUUUCCCACCUCUCUACGGUGCCCGAUAUUCAGAGACCACUGCUAACACCGCAACAGCCGCAGCAUAUGGCCUGGUUGCCAUCGAGGAUUCUCUUGAUGAUGACCCGGAGUCUAUUUUGGAUGAACAUGUACAGCGUGUAAUGAAAACACCAGGCUGCCAGUCGCCAGGGGCAGCAAACAGCACCUUAGGAGGAGGGGGUCGUCACACUCCCCCGAAGACCUCACGCUCACCUGAUGGGGGGAUUGGCCCGCCUCAUUACCCUCCACACCGAGGCGGAGGUCACAAUCUACCUGCUGCUGGGGUCAAAGGUUCACAUCACCACAAGCAAUCAUAUCACCACAGAGGAAGAGACGAUCAAGACGAGGUAAGCUCCAGAGUGCCAGCCAACUUCCUGUGGAACGGUGACCCAGCUAGCCAGUACCCGGCGAGAAGUCGUAACUAUGCUGACGGAGCUGGAGCCAGCACACUGGAGGGGAUGGGCUACAGUAGUAAAGGAAGCACAUUAUUACGACGAGGCUGUAAGAAAACGGAAACGUCAGGCAAAGGUGAUGAAAGUGGGCAUGGUGUGGACACCCAAGUUUCUCUGGACAGUCUGGAAAGAAACCAGAAAAUUCUGCAGUGGAUGAUGGAAGGAGACGCCAUCAGACAUAAAAAGAGCUCACACGGAGGAAGCACCAGUGGCUCCAGAAGAACCGGAACCAGCAGCGAGUCACCACGUCCAACCUCAGUGGAGCGACCUGGAGCUGUGCACCCCUGGGUGUCAGCUCAGCUACGCAACAACCCCUCUUCAAUUUCUCCCGCCAUGCCCUGCUCGUCGUCCGCGCAGGUUCAACCAUCUCACCCUUUUAUCCAAGACCCAGCUAUGCCCCCCAACCCAGCUCCCAACCCCCUCACUCAGCUGGAGGAGGCUAGGAGAAGGCUGGAAGAAGAAAGGAGGAGGACCGUACUGCAGCAGGCCAAGCAGAGGCACAAGUCUGGUAAGCGGCAGCUGUGUGACAACAUGACUGUCGCAUACUACUUUUGUGGUGAGCCGAUUCCCUACCGGACAUCAGUCAAAGGUCGAGUUGUGACUUUGGGCCAGUUCAAGGAGCUUCUUACCAAAAAGGGCCACUACAGGUUCUAUUUUAAGAAAGUGAGCGACGAGUUUGACUGCGGUGUUGUGUUCGAGGAGGUUCGCGACGAUGACGCCAUCUUGCCCAUCUUUGAGGAGAAGAUCAUUGGGAAAGUAGAGAAGGUUGACUGAAACUGUUAGAAAUAUAUUAAGAGGAGAUUGAUAGAGGAAAAAUCAGACUGAUUUUGGGGAAGGGGGGGGGGCAGCCCUGACUAGGUGAAUUAAUGAAAGAAAGAUGGCGGGAGUGAUGUUUGGCAGAUCACAGCUAACGUUUGAUGUACGGUUUUCUCUGGUAAGCAGGAUGUUAUUUUUCUUAUGAAAUGAGUCGAAGCCUGGACCUAAACAUACAAAUCUUGGCCAGAAGGACAUGGAGCAGAAAAAAAGAACAUAGACGUGCCUCGUCUGAGGGGGCGCUGUUAAAAUCUGAUUUAUGACCAGUCUUCCGCUGCUCGGGACGGACAGGAUGUGAGAGGAUACGUCGUCUUCCACUUGUGCUCUGGAGGCGUGUCCUCCGCAGACCAUUACAAUGCUGCUACAUUACCACAGAAACGAUCAUUGCUCAUUCGGUGCUUGGGUCAGUGAAGAAGCACUCUGUUCCACGCUGGAGUCUCGCUGCCUUCUACUGUCUCUGUUCCUCAUCAGCUGGUGACAAGGAGAGAGUAUUUUUGGAAUGGAACCGGAGCCCGCUUUUCCUCUCCGUGUCGUGAUUUCAAAGCGGAACCUCGUUCACCCUUGAUUCCUGGAUCUCAUGCCGUGAAUUAUCACAUCAUUCUGUUCACUGAAAACAGUGCUCCACAUACCUUGUUUACCAAAGCUACAUAUUUUUGAUAAGACAAGUAUCUUAAUUACUUGUUAUCAUUUUAUUUGUGUAUAUACAAGGCAGGUACUAUUACAUAUUAAUGCAGCCUUAUUUUGUCAUAUCUCAACUUAAUGUUAUACUAUUGUGUAUGUUUUGAAAUUAGUUUAUUAGCCGUUUCAGGGCAGUAAUUUUGUUUUUAACUUCACAAGAUCCCUGUAUUCAAAUUUUGUACGGUUUACUUACAACUUGGUAGCUGUGUUUUGCCAUACAGUGAUUGUACAUGUAGAUUUUUAUUUUUUAAACCCAUUUAGCAAAUCAUUCUACUUUUCCAUGAAGAAGAUAAGUGCACACUACAGAUGUGCCGUCUUUGGUUGCAGCAUCUUAGUGGUCACAGACUGUGUGCUGUAUCUUUCUGCUAUACCGAGACCACAUGCACAAAACCCAUUGCUCAUGUCUACGUGCCACUAUGGAUUAUUUUGAGUGUGGAAAAACUGUUGUGCAUGUGUCUGAGUCUGAACACAGCCAAAGAGCACAUCACCCAUCCUCUUUGCUUACAUGUAUGCAUUUCGAAUAUAUCCCCCCCCCUUAUUUUAAGUCUCAACUUCAACGUAUUGCAGUACAUAUCCAGUCAAAUUAGCAAGUCUAUUAAAUACUACGCCAGUGUAUUGGAGUCAUUGUAGGUGUUCAGAAAAAGUGUGUGUAUGGGGAGGGAGGGGAGUGAUAUAUAAUUUAAAUUUGUAAAUUUAUUAGGAAAAACUCCUGUUCUAAUUAUAAAUCAGAAAUUUACGAGAAAAAAAAUUAGUCAGGGGGGAACUUGAAUAUACUGAAAUCCUAAUCAUACAUGUGUGAGCAAAAAGUCAAAUUUAUGAAGAAAAAAGUUAUUCAGGUCAGUCAUAAAUUUGAGGAAAAAAAAAACUAUUCUCUGAGAUCAACUUUGCAAGAAAAUAUCUGAAACCAUGGAACCACAAUUUGCCACUUUACAGUGGUUUAUGCAUUGCACACCAAACAGUGCAACAGCUUGAACGUGGCUGCAUAUUAUCUCAUGAUCUUAAUGUGAAUAGUGAGAUGGGGUGAGAGGAAGGGUACGAGGGGAAAGCUUUCUUAUUUUUGUCUUUAAUGGAAAUGCAAAGUUUUGCUAGAGAAAGAAAGAAAAUUUCAUCCCUUUCAUCUAUCACAAAAUCCCUCCCUCAAAUACAUAAUUUUUUUAAUUCAAAUUUGACUUUAUUAACUUGGGAUAUCCUUUUCCCCCUCCCCCCUCUAAGAAAAAAAUUACCACCGCACGCACCCCAAGCAGUUUAUUUUUUCAUUUAUUAUUAUUUUAUUUAAACCUACAUUGACCCUUUUCACCAUCAUAAAACACAUCAUGCGGUAUAGCGUCACAGUGAGAUUCAGUACUUUCUAAAAUAGUUACGGCAGCCUAAACUGUUUUUCACCCGAGGAGUGAAGCUGUUCCUCUGCUGCAGUGAUCCAGUGGCCACGCCCACAAUACUGCACUUAGGAACUGUGUAAGAUGCUGAUUAUAAAAAGGGAGCAUUGAGGUCAAGCUUUAUGAAGCUGAUAGGAUCCUCAUGUAGAGUGCAGAUCAGCUUGGGGCAUCAGUAACUUUCCAGGUGUUUAACCAUGAUUACAACAAUCUCCAACCAAAAUACAGAAAUCCUUGUCAAGGUGGUUCAGAGAUGAUCUCGGCACUGUGCAGACUGCAUGCUGAAGACACACCAGCUCUGUAAGCUGAAUGUAACUUGCCUUUAAAAAAAAAAUCUUCCUCUGCUAUAUCCUCAGAUGAAUCCUUGGUUACAUCAUCUACAUCUGUCGACAGUAUUGAUCUCAAAGUGUUAUGUUUUUUUGUUUGUUUUAUCAGUGCUGUUUAUGUGUGAGGUGCUGCUAAUGCAGUCGUCAAAAUAAUUGUCUUGGUGCAGCCUAGUAAGGGAAACAGGAUUGGAAAACCUCUGACCCCUUAUGCCUUGGAAAUGAAAAAUUACGUAUUUGUUUAAUAUAAAAAAAAUUAAUAAUCAAGCAUGUGCUGUAUAAGGAAUGUUUUCCAGAUGAGUUGAAUGAUCUAUUUUGUUUUAAUGUUUAUAAAACUAUGGCCCUCUGAUGUAUUUUAUGUGUUAAAGAAUGACCAGGGACAACUGAAUGAUCAGAGCUGAUUUUUUUUUUUUUUUUUUUUGAGAAUUUUUUUUAUCGGAUUAAAAAAAACUUUGUGUGAAACAGUGCCUUUAUCAUGUAUCUUACUAAAUAUGUUUAUGAAUCCAAUCCAUGCUUUUUCAUGUUUCUGUUUUCACUCAGUCCCAUUUGAAUUUUUUUUAAGCUCCAAACAUGUUUUCUCAUUUCUGUUCUGAUAAAUCCUCUGCUGUAAAUAUGUACAUUAUAAUUUCGUACAUAUCUUCAGACCUGCACCACACGUCGAUGGCAUUUGUUUUACAAAUGCUAAGAUGUCACCGUGCUGGUUCCACUUGUACAUUUUUUUAAAAGGUACUUCAUAAUAAAGAUGUUGAAUAAACC